GUGGCGCAGCAGUCGACUGUAACCCUGUCGUUAAGUUUGUUGUGUGUCGCUCUUCUGAAUUGUCGCCGUCAAGUUCUUGUUAUAUAUUUAUUGUAAUUAUAUUUUUCCCCUCGAUAAAUCUAUACCGAAAUAAACGGCUACGUGGUGUUGUUGCAUCGUCCAAAGUUACAUUCACGCGAUAAUAAACAAUUACGGGGAUUUGAAGCGAAAAGUCAUCGGACAAUAAAAUUACAGAAACCGCGCUCGAACUAUACGUACAGAAUAAUUAUUGCACGGGUUCGUGUAAUAGGACCUAUUUAAUAAUAUAUCGGUAUACGAAAUUGAAUUCGAUCAAACGUGUCGUGUAAACCGUAGAAAAUUACAUUCGUAAUUCGUAUAUUGACACACGUACAACAAACUGUAGUACGAUAAUGUUGUUAAACAUUUGAAAAUACGCCUUAUAUGUUAUUGUUCUUUUUGAGGGAUCCUUCGGACAUUUAUGGGAUGUAAUUCGAGCAAAAGUGCGUCAAAAGCAGUCCACAAAAAAAAGUUUUUACCCAUCAUGAGCUUUACACAGUCUAACGACGCUAAACAAUAUUCAAAAACACCAAUUCAAGUAACCAAAGGAUUGGCAUCAUCUUUUGGGUUCAAAAAGCCAACCCAAACCAAUAAAAUCAGACCAAUAUCUGCUCCAGUUAAAAUGUCAGACAGUUAUGGAUUAAAAAUGUUACCCAAACCACAGGAAAAAUGUCCAAGAAGUAUUCCUAAAAGUAAUACACCUUCUCCUAACAGAUUUGGAUUCUGUAAACCAUCUAUGAAACUAAUGCAACCAACUGUUAAAGUUACGACUAAAAAAAUUGAAGUUGAAAGAAGAAGUCAAUCUGAACCUCAAAAGAGAGAAAUCCCUAAACAUAUUUCUCAUGGAUCAAAAAUUGCUAUAUCCAAAGUUACCUCUAGUCAUUUGCCUAGACCUCAAAUACCAGUUAGAUAUCAAGUAUCUAAAAAUCCAGAUAAAAAUGCUAAAACAGCUACCAAUAUGAGAUUAAAGAAUGAAGCAAUAAAACAAAUGCAACAAGGAGUGACUAUUCGAAAGUUAAGUGAUUCUGUUGAAUUUACUGAAGUAAUUGCUAUUAAUAGACCAUCAAGGCUUACAAUAAAUUCAAAUGCCAAAGGUUCUUUGAUUAGAGAAAGGACAAGUAAAUAUUUGAGACAAGUUUCGAGCUCGUCUUCUAAACAAAUAACAUCCUCUGAUGAUGAUUCAGACUUAAGCAGUUAUGAAGAAAAACAUGACAAAGAAGUAUCUAUUAAAGAAAAGACUGAAAUAAUGGAUAAAAAAGAUACAACAUGUAGUGAUGAAGAAUAUGGACCCGGUGAAGCAUUAGCAGUAGAAGAAUUUACAGAAAUGAAAGAUAAAAUAAAUGUCAUUGAUAACAAAUUUGCAAAUGUUGAUAUGUCUGUAUCAUUACGCGAUGUUUUAUUAAAUAUUGAAGAUACAACAUUUGCUACUUUAGCGGCUAUGUCUUCCACAAUAAGAAUUGAAGAUGAAACAUCACCAGAUGAUGAUUGUUUAAGUCCUACAGAAUCAGAAUCUGCUGAAUUUCCUCAUAGUAAAACAGAAUCUACAAAUAAUGACAAACGUAACUCUAUGUCACCAAUUAUGCGAUGUAAUAUUUCCAAAUCUGGAUCUUUUUCAUCAGACACUAGAGAUUUUUUUGAUGAUGAAAUAGCUGAUCAACCAGCUCUUAUGUUUAGUGGCCCUCCAUCAGAGUCUUGCAAUGCUGAAGAUAUUGAUGAUGCUUUAUUUCGACUUAGAAGUCAUUCCAGUAAUAACAAAAAACCUAAAUCCUUGAGAAGAUCACUAAGUGUUGAUGGGUCCUUAAGUGAAAGUCUCAACUCUGACGACCUUAUGCUUGAUGUUGAUUAUGAGGCAACGGAUGAUAAAUUAUCAGUAGAUCCUGAUAAUGAAGAUUUAUUGAAAACAUUGGAGAACAACAAACAAAGUGAAUUUAACGAAUGGAAGUCUCUAACAUCUCCAAGAAACAGUACCAGUUCAAUAAAAGACGAUGUUCCAAUCAAAGAUGAAACAGAUUCAAAAGGCAGCAAUGGGGAUGUGAUAAUGACCUUCGAUCGAUUUCGCGAGGUAACGGACGACAUUGCGAGUAUCAAGAACAUGCUAUUCGAGCUAAACCGUGCCCUAAUAGAGGACAAACAAGAGAUGACAUACCCAGAAGAACAGGAAGUACAUUGCUGUUACGAAGAUCAAAUCAUGGAUUUGAAACAACAGAUAGCUUAUAUGGCGCAACAGAUGGAACAGAAGGACCGUACGAUUCAAUUGCUCAACGAACAGAUAGCUCAACGACCACGGCCAUCAAUAACAAUUACAGAAACUCGAAAUGCUGCCACUCAAACAGACCGAUGCCGGUCGACCACAGCUCCAACGUUAUGCACAUUCGAUAGAGAAGGACAAGCAAAUGGACGUCCUGUUAUUAGGCGCAGUGACAUGACAGAGAGGUCCAAGUCUGUAUCAGGCAAUCGCAUACGUAUCGGCAUGCUAAAGCACAAAUUUCUCAUGGACGCUGGACGUACGUUGCCGAACGUCUGAUUCCUUCCACUCUUUCUCUUCGACCAGUAUUAACAGAAACAUUCCAUGUUUAAUGUUCCAUUAUUAGUUAAAUUUAAUUUUAUUUACUAUUUAUUUUCUAUAGUUCAUAAGUUUAUCGAUGUGUAUUAUACACAAUUUUGUUUUCAAAAAGUCCAAUUUAUGUUCUUUUAUUUAUAUAUAUUUACAUAAAAUUUAUUUUUAUUCUUUA